AUGACAAAGAAGGACAAUACACCUGCAAAGAAACGCAAGGCCGAACGUAAGAAGAUGGAGAGAGAAUCCGCUAGCACUGCCGCAGAAGCAACCGCCGCUGCUGCCGAUGCGUUUAACCGCACCGUAGCCGAAGCAUUUGUCUCCGACAAUAAUAGUCGGGACAAUGCUCCGGAUAAGGAUGGGACAAAGAAGGUACCUACACCAGAACCAGGAGAGGAGGCAAGCUCAAGUGGCAAACCCGAAUCUACGUCCGAGGCCACUGAGCCAACGCGCAUAAGUAAGUUAACGACUGAAAACACUGAUCUUAAGAAUCAGUUAGCCGCUCUUAAGCAAGGCAUGUAUGUUGAACAUGUAGAUCGAGUGUAUGGAUCAGGAAAGCAGGCACAGCACUUACGCGAGCAUGUUUCUCCGGGCACUACUGAAGCCCUACAUAAGUGGACAGAACGUCGACUGGUGAUAACUCCCGAAAAGCGUAAGGACCUGAGCACCAAACCCGUGGCAGUAGACUCGGAUGUGCUCAGCGUAUCUAUACCUUACAAGGAACUACCACCGGAGGUCCAGGAUCUUUAUUUGCCUGAACUUUCACCCGGCCAUGAGUCGCCUAUCAUUGAGGGUAUUAUAGACCCAGAGGCAGGUAAAAAUACUGCGCCACCUUUACCCAACUGGGACGACAAUCGUUGGAAACCAAUUAAAACUGGGUAUGUCAUCCAGACGCAUGAAUCACCCAAGAUUAUAAUACCAAAAACUAUCCAAGGAACAGAGCACCGAAGGGCCUCUACCAUGGACUUUACCCGGGGUAGUAGAACCCCGCGUACGCGAAUUAAUGAAGUCGAGUUUAAUCGCUUCGAUCGCACCGCUCUGCAUCAACCCGCAGAGGAUUUUCACUCUGAUGAAGUGACCGAACUUAAUAAAUCGGUCAACGAUUACACACGUAAGAUGGAAAUCGCUCAUGAAGAACAUCGUGGAGAAGACGUAUCAUAUUAUGCUAAUAUGAUCGCGAUCAAGCAGAAGCGCAUCGAUCAGCUACUUCAGGCCCAACGUGGUCAAGACCACCGGAACAAUCAUAAGUAUAAGGGACUGAUUAGUCUACUUAAGUCGAACUGGGAUGCUAACAGCAAGCAGGUCGAGUUUAUUAAUAACCACGACCACGACCACGACACACUAACACGGUUAUGCUGGAGACGAACGAUAUCGCUCCCCAGCAGUGGAUCUCUGCAUUAA